AUGGCUCCCAGUCAUCAUGGAUCUCAUCGGCCGCGCAGGAAAAGAAAGGAGCUUGUGUCUUCCGCCAGCUCCAAUGGGACAGUCAACACCGAUGCUUCGACGAAUCGAGAAACGCCAGCUUUUCCGCUCGUGGCAUUCUUCUGGCCGGCGAAGGGUUCGGUCUCCCAAUGGAUUGUUCUGCCUUGUAUCUUGAUGGUAGUCGGGCUUUUCAGAUGGUGCACAGCGAUAUGGCCCUACUCUGGAUUCCAAAGACCGCCCAUGCAUGGCGACUUUGAAGCACAGCGGCAUUGGAUGGAACUUACAAUCAAUCUGCCCGUGACACACUGGUAUUUCCACAACCUACAGUGGUGGGGACUUGAUUACCCUCCUUUGACAGCAUACCAUUCCUGGAUCUUGGGGAAAGCCGGAUCUUCUAUCAACCCAUCCUGGUUUGCGCUCUACCUCUCACAGGGGCUGGAUGAUCCAGAUUUGAAAGUGUUUAUGAGAGCGACCGUUUACAUCUCAGAGCACCUGGUCUACAUUCCUGCGGUCAUUAUCUGCACCCGCCAUUUGGCACGGCUUCACAACAUCAACUCCUGGGAGGCUUCGAUCGCCCUGACCGCAAUCCUGAUGCAGCCGGCAACAAUCCUGAUUGAUCACGGACACUUCCAAUACAAUACUGUCAUGUUGGGCCUUGUUGUGGCAUCAAUAUCGAGCAUGCUUGCAGGACGAGCGCUCUGGAGCUGCCUGUUCUUCGUCGGGGCCCUAGGCUUCAAGCAGAUGGCACUCUUCUACGCACCUGCUGUUGCCGCAUAUCUUGCCGGCGCCUGCAUCUUUCCUCGAAUCGACAUUGUACGAUUCAUCGGCGUGGCUGUCGUCACAUUGGCAUCCUUCGCCCUCCUUUUCGUGCCACUGUUGCUUGGUACAUUCUACGACACUUACCGGAAAGUGCCAUUACCGUCGGAUGUCACACUUCCGCCUCUGCUCUCCGCCAUACCAUUUCCUAUACCGCAAAAAGCCUGGUACUUCCCUUAUCUGGUCCAGCUCACUCAAUCGAUACAUCGAAUCUUCCCAUUCGCACGAGGACUCUUCGAAGACAAAGUGGCGAAUAUCUGGUGUGCAGUGCACGCGUCUGGUCUUCACAAGCUGCACAAUUACGACCAAGGGCUCCUCAGCAAGGCAGCGCUUGGCCUAACCUUGCUCUCCAUUCUCCCGCCUUGUGUGAUCAUUUUCUUCAAGCCGAGAAGGGAACUGGUUCUGCUGGCCUUCGCGACAACCGCCUGGGGCUUCUUCCUCUGCUCAUACCAAGUACACGAGAAGAAUGUACUGCUACCGCUCCUCCCAAUGACCCUCCUCUUGUCGACAGAAAGUGGCAUGAAACCUGCGAUUCGGGCCUGGGUCGGAUACGCAAAUCUCCUGGCGAACUGGACCUUGUUCCCGCUUCUUGCCAAGGACGAGUUGAGGAUGCCAUAUGCCGUUCUUACACUUCUUUGGGCAUACUUGAUGGGCUUCCCACCAUUCAACAUUAGCGCAUACACGCAACCAGCGAGCGAGGGUGGAGUCAACAUCUUGACCAAGUUGAUUCACCUGGGCACAUUUGUUGCCGCAAUCGCGUGGCACGGUUUCGAGCUGUUCGUGUUGCCACCUACCAACAAACCCGAUCUCUGGAUUGUAGCGAACGUAUGCUUGGGAGCAGGCGGAUUUGGUCUUUGCUACCUCUGGUGUCUGUGGAAUCUCGCCCUCGAAAGCGGGUUCCUGAGCAUCUUCGGGCUGCAGAAGCAGUCGGCGGUCCAAGAGAAGAAGACACAAUAA